AAACCCCCAAAUUUUGUGAAAAACUCCCUAAAUUUUUCGGAUUCUCCUCCCCACACCUUCCCUCCUCAAAAACCUCACAAAAUUCCCCCCCAAAAACCCCCAACUUUAUCCUCCAAAACCGCGAUCUGCUGUCGGACAAAGCGUCGUUUUUCCGCCGUAAAAAACCCGAAUUUUGGGGUUUUGACGCGGGGUUUUUUUUGGGGAUUUGGGGGCGGCAGGGUGAGGAAGCAGGUGGUGAACAUCCCCUCGUUCAUCGUGCGCCUGGACUCCCAAAAACACAUCGACUUCUCGCUGCGCUCGCCCUACGGCGGAGGAAGACCCGGCCGCGUGAAGAGGAAGAACGCCAAGAAGGGGCAGGGAGGGGCCGGCGGCGCCGAGGAUGAGGAGGAGGAUUGAGGAGAAUUCCC